CGGUGUGUGACUGUCCUUACCCCUGAACUGCACCGCCGCCUCCACCGCCUCCGCCGCCUCCACCGCCCCCAUCACCCCCAUCGCCUCCACCUCCAAGAUAUUCCUUUGGAGGAUAAGAUGACAACGCGGUGACCUCUCUUAGAAGCAUGCGGCUGAUCACCCUCGUACCUCUAGUGUGCUGCGCGAGCCUGACGUUAGCUGUGCGGUUCACCGGAGAUGCUGAGGGUUCGAGGAUUUACGACACCAAGCCGUCAGUAAAAUACCCGAGGUACGACGAUGACCUCUCCCAAGACCACAGAAACCACAUACGUUUCGAGAGAGUAAAAACGAUAGAAUCCUCGGAAGCGAAGAAAGAGAAAACUCGUAAUCAAAAGAAUACUUCUAAGAUGUUAAAUAACUUUUCAAACCAUAAAGAACUGGGAAAGACUGACGAUGAAACCAAAGAAUCUCAAGAGAUAAAUACCGAUCUGGACAGCCAGGAGCCCGAAGCGAGGUACUACUCGGACUACGGAACAUCUCCUUGGAACGAGCGAUAUCCUGUGAACAUGCUGAGCAACAGUCUGCAGCAAGAGAUGAUGCUGAUGGAAGUUCUGCAGGAGAAAGUUAGAGCCAACAAGACCAUGGACGAUCACAGGGGAUUCCAUAACAACCUGAUGGAGAUGCUCGGCAAAAUGAUCCCGCAGACCUGUUGGUACAACCAGAACAAGUUUGACUGCGGACUGAGCAUCUCCUGUGUUCUGGAGGGAGGUAAGCCGUUGGACCUCUGCAGUGGGGGGAUGAUCUGGAGUUGCUGCGUAUCCAGAGAUAAGUUACAGGUUCACAACGACCCCAACAUGGGAGUCAUCGAAAAUGCUAGUUGUGGGGAACUUUACACCAGAAGUCACAGGAUUGUUGGAGGUCACAACUCAAACUUUGGCACUCACCCUUGGCAGGCGGCCAUUAUCAAGACAGGUUUCCUGACCAAGAAGUUAUCGUGUGGAGGAGCUCUUCUCAACAAUCGCUGGGUCGUGACAGCAGCUCACUGUGUUGCUACAACUACAAACUCAAACCUGAAGGUUCGGCUGGGAGAGUGGGAUGUUCGUGACCAAUCAGAGAAGCUCCAUCACGAGGAAUUCAAUGUCGAGAGGAAAGAGGUGCAUCCCCAGUACAGUCCGACAGACUUCAGGAACGACGUUGCCCUUGUCAAGUUGGAUCGCCCGGUGUUGUUCAAACAGCAUAUCAUUCCCGUGUGCCUGCCUGAUACUACGGCCAAACUUGUAGGCAAGACUGCGACUGUGGCUGGCUGGGGCAGGACAAGACACGGAGUGUCUACAGUUCCAACAGUACUGCAGGAGGUCGAUGUUGAAGUGAUUCCGAAUGAUCGAUGUCAACGUUGGUUCAGAGCUGCGGGAAGACGUGAGACGAUCCAUGACGUGUUCCUCUGCGCAGGCUUCAAAGAGGGGGGAAGAGAUAGCUGCCAGGGGGACUCGGGAGGUCCGCUGACCACAACCAUCGACGGACGCAAGGUUCUGAUUGGUCUGGUGUCCUGGGGCAUCGGCUGCGGAAGAGAACAUCUCCCAGGCGUCUAUACAAACAUACAGAAAUUUGUUCCUUGGAUAGAUAAAGCGAUGGUUUGAACGUAUCCUGUACAUAAGCUCUCUUUGAGUUAUUUAUUAAUGUUUUUUCCACGGAAGGAACUCAAAGUACAUACAUUAUGUAUUGCUCGUAUUUAUAUCGAACUAAUCGUGUAGCCUCUUUAUUCGAUUGAAAAAUUAAAUUUUAAGCGUGAAGUCUAAAAAUUAAUUUAUAAAUUACGUUAUUUAUUUUAACAAUAGGACCUUGUGAUACAGUUUUCCAGAUCUCAACUCUGUGACUUGAAGUCAUGGUGGAUUUUUAUUUUAAUAAGAAAUCAUUAAGCAUAUAAGUAUAAGUGAACAUGAGAUAUCUUUGAUUCUAUUUGGUUGAUUGACAUUGAUUCAAUGUCAAAAUCAGGUAUGUGUCAAUGAAAGCACAGCACUGAACACUCUAGGCGACUGAUUUCUGUAUAUGUCAAGUCUUAUACGUUAACAAUCUACCAAUUGAUGAUCUAGAGAUCGAUUUACAACAUUUGUAAAAACCAUUAAAGAUGUUAAAAUGAAUUUUAAUUGAAAAAUAAAAACUUUUUUUUAAUACUUAAUACUUUUCAAUCAAAUGGCGACCAUACAAAGUAAAACCAUUGAAAUGACCAUUUAACUUGUAGUUGUGUAGUAUACUUUUAAAAAACUGACUAUCAAACAAAUGUCUCAUGCUGUUUAUACACUUAAGCUGUCAACUGUAAAUAAUGAUCAUUUUACUGUGUCACAACUUUUAUUUAUUGUGGCAAAUAAAAAUCUACAAAAGAAUUAAACUGUAUUAUACAUUUAUACUGUCAUACUUAGUGUUUAAAAAUAAAAUACUCGAUAGUCUCAGUGUUUAUUUAUACCUUGAACUACCGGUAUCCAACAUUGUACAUAUUGCUUCGAAAUAAUGGUAACAGCUGAUCGCAUAUAAUUACAAAACAAGAUGUCCAUUUUGAGUACUUAUAUUGAUAAAGGUAAACAAUGCACAAAAUUUACGUUUUAUGAAAUGUAGCUUUAAGAAUGUUGCAAUACAGCAGAGUCCCGCAAACUCGGCACUCGUUAACCCGGCAGUCUGGAUAACUCGGCCAUCACCUGCCUCAGAAAAUUAGUGAUUUUUGAGUCCGAGUUAAACAUGGACUCAAGCCAGCUCAAGUCAAAUCAUUCGCAACUCGUACCAAGGAU